CCACACCUGUACCUGUACGGGUCGCUGAACUACGCAAGACGUUCGUCAACUUUACGUUCGCCGUUGCCCUGUUAGAAAACUGAAGAUUGAGCAGCAAUUUUGAACAGGCGGAAAUGUCCACAUAGCUAAACUUCUCGCACGAUGAACCCGUAAGGAACAAGAAUGGGGAACGGUGCGUCUGUAAGCGGCCCUGUGAACCACACUGGUGGGAGCGGGAGGACGUCCGUGUGGAGCAACAUCCGCACCAAACUGUCUCUACACAGCGUCAGUAGAACCAUCCCGGAACGGUACGCCCAGGGAGUGUGGCAGCAGCCCCGGCGGGAGAGGGAACCGUGGAAGACUCUCCUCGCCAACGCCGCUAACAACCUGCAGGAGGAGCUGAAGGGGAAACCGUCCAACAACAGGAGAUUCUUACAGGAGUUUCAGGCUCUGUUGGAAGGCAACAUUCCGGUUGAACCACCGUCUAACAACACUAAAGAGGUGUGGGUCUUCAUCAGUUCGACCUUCACGGACACCAAGGUUGAGAGGAACCUGCUGAUGGAGGAUGUGUACCCCUUCCUGCGGGAGUACUGCCGUCUGAUUGGCUGUAACUUUAACGAGGUUGACCUGAGAUGGGGGGUGCGGGACGAGGCCACAGACGAGCACCAGACAGUGAAGAUCUGCUUACAGGAGAUCCUGAGAUGCAGAGAGACGUCCAUCGGCCCGUUCUUUGUGGGAAUCCUGAGCCACAAGUACGGCUGGCGGCCGUUCCCUCCAGAGAUCCCAUGGAUGACGUUCAACAAGCUGACGGAGCAGAUCCAACAGUCCAACGAGUUCGCGGCGCAUCUGCUGAAGAAAUGGUUCGCACUGGACAGGAACGCGCUGGACCCAGUCUACCUCCUACAACCGAUCUCCACACACUACCCUGGGUACGUGACUGGCAGUAAGACUGACGGAAAGUCCUGGACACAAGAAUACGGAGCCAUGCAGGUUGCCAUGCGUGGCGCGGCGAGGUUAGCAGGUCUGGACGAAGACGAUAUCGACAAAUAUCAUAAUUCAGUGACGGAAGGUGAAAUUCUCAAAGCUCUUGAUCUUGGAGAGUCAGAUGGUCGAUUACAAGAAAGAUGCUUUUUCUUCAGCCGGACAAUCGACGGAUUCAACACGUCAGAUCAGAAUGCAAGAUUCUACACAGACGUGUGUUCUGAAGGAAACGUUGACAACGAAUCUCUGCAGAAGCUCACCACGCUGAAAGAGCGGGUCAAGGAGAAGAUGGGAGACAGAGCCAUGUUGAGUUACCACAUGACGUGGGAGCCUGGUGCCGGACUGACUGCCGGCAACAAUGUCCGUAACGCGCAACUGUUUUGUGACGAGUUCUGCAGACAACUUAUCUCCUCCAUUGUUAAAGGGGUUGUCAAAGGACACUCUGCGGAGAACCCACUGUAUGACGAGCUUGUGCAUCAUGCAGAGAUGUGCAGACAGAGACUACAGACGUUUGUGGGCAGGGAAGACUAUCUAAGCAAGAUGCUCGAGUAUCUGGCUGAGGCAAGCCCUGGAACGCCAAUGAUAGUUCACGGAAUGGGAGGAUCAGGAAAGACUUCCCUCCUCUCCAAGGCAUUCAGUCUUUCACUAGAAAAGAACGAUGGUAUGGGUGUUGGACGACCAACCCACGUUAUCCGGUUCACAGGAACGUCUCCAGCAUCGUCCAAUGCCAAGAAGCUUUUACAAAGUAUUUGUAGCCAGUUGAGCCUGUGUUACAACUCUCGGAAGCCUUUACCACAUGACUACAGAGGUCUGUCGGCAAGGUUCUUAGAACUUCUCUACAAGGCCACGGAGCAAAAACCUUUAGUUCUCUUCAUAGAUUCCCUGGACCAGUUGGAGGGAGGAGAUGAAGGUGACGACCUGACAUGGCUGCCGACUGCCCUGCCGCCUAACGUUCACCUGGUACUCAGCACCCUGACACGGGGGGAGACACUCGGUAUCCUCAAGAGCAUGGGUUUCGGGGAUGACAGCUUCUUACAGGUCUUACCACUGGACGCUGCUCAGUCAAAGGAUAUGGUGACAUCACGGUUGGAAAAACAGGGAAGAACCCUAACGCCAGGACAGCAGGAGAAGCUGCUGACAUCCCAUCAGAAGGGCCAGUUGACGCCGCUGUAUGUCCGCAUUGCUAGUGACAUGGCGGCCAAAUGGAAGUCAUAUACCCCGUUAGAACGAUGUGACUUAGCCCCAUCCACCACCGCACUCAUCAAGCAGUUUUUCAGGCAGCUUGAGAAGACUCAUGGGAAAAUACUGGUCAGCCACACACUAUCCUACAUCACGGCUUCCAAAUCCGGGCUGUCAACCAAUGAGCUUCUUGAUGUCCUGUCAUGUGACGAGUCCGUUCUUGAUGACGUGUUCCAGUACCACAUGCCGCCGGUCAGGAGACUGCCCACGUUGCUAUGGACGAGGUUGAGGAACGACCUAGGUGACUAUCUUGUUGAGAACGGAGUAGAAGGAACUGUGGUGUACAGGUGGUAUCACAGACUGUUUGCUGAGGUGGCACGAGAAAUGUACCUGUCCCACAUGGCGGACCUCAUCCACAGAGACCUGGCAGACUACUUCAUGGGCAGAUGGGCACAUGAGCCCAAACCAUUUCUGUCCAAGGACGACAGGCUUCUGCAUCUUAAGGGUCGUGGAGUAUACCCCCAGGACCUAGUUCUGUCUGACGGGAAAGGAGAUGGAAGUGAAACCAUAUACAACCAACGGAAGCUGACAGAGCUGCCGCACCACAUCAUUAGCGCCAAGAUGUGGACAACGGCAGAAUCGGUGAUGUGCAGCAUUCCUUGGAUGGAGGCCAAGUGCAGAACGGGUCGUGUUUACGAGCUGACAUCAGAGCUGUCACAGGCCGCCAAAGAGUGUCCCGAGGUUUCUGACUGCCAUCGCUUCAUCUUGGCAAACGUGCGGAUCCUGCACGAGAACCCGGAUGUCCUAUGUCAGCAGGCCCUGAACGAGCACAAGUCUUCAAGUGUUGUAACUGCCGCUAGGAAACAUUUGAAAGGGACAAAGGUCGUGUAUUGGAUAGACCGGACCAAGGAUCAGUCUCCGCGGCCGGAGUUGCUGGUUCUGAAACAUCCUGGUGCCGUCAGGCUCUGUCUGUUCUCUCCGGAUAACACUUACCUGGCUGUGGCUUCUGAUGGAGGCUCACUCAACGUUUGGAAGGUUGCCGUUGGGGCGCCUGUGUUCAUCGUGAAGGCAGCGCCCGUUGCCAUGGCGUUCCACAGGCAGAACCUCUGGCUGGCUGUGUGUGAGGCAAAGAACAUCAAGAUAUUUGGUCUUGGAAUCGGAGGAAAUGCAGAAGGCACGGUAUUGCAAAAUAUCAAGCUUGGGCUACAAUGUGACUACUGCACCGUCUUGUACGUUCCACAGACUAACAAAGAGUUGAGAUUGGUGACCUUCGGACAGUUCCUUGUCUUCAAUGUGCAAACGGGGGAACAGUCCCAGAAGAAGAAUUUCCGUUGUCGCCCAAAAGCUGCUGCAUUCUCCCCUACCACCACCAGUCUAGCCGUUGUAGGCAACGAGGUCUUCCUCUGGGACUAUAACACUGAUACGGAUCUGAAGACCCUUCAUACCGACAAGAAUCUGGGUGACUCCAAGCAGGCUCACAUAGCUUUCUCUCGGGAUGGGAGGAGAGUUGCUGCGGUCCUCGCUAUAGGAACCUACCUGUGGAACGUUCCCGGCCCUUCUUCCGAGCCGUUCAGAAAACUGCUGACUAAUAGUCUGUCCGGCUGGGCAGCGUUCAGCCCGCAUCUGGACUUCCUCGCCAUGCCUGAACGGAACGACCUUUCGGUUUUCUCUUUCAAGGCAAAUGCUUCGGGAUGGUCGAAGCUGAAGGGCCACACUGAGGCAGUCACCUGUUGUAGCUUUGGUAGCGCCAGGCCCCAGGAGAGUCCCCCUAUCUGUAGCGGUGGGAAUGACAACACCGUCAGGGUCUGGGACUCCUCACUGCUGACAUCAGCACCGUCUCAGAACCACAAGGCUAUGGUCUGUCACCAGACGUCCGUUACUUCCUGUGGAUUCUCCACGCUCGGGGACUCAGUGAUAUCGUGCUCUGCAGACACCACAUAUCUGUGGGACCUACUCUCAGGAGAACCUGUGCUAAAUGCAACAUUACGCACCCCACAGGCAUGCAAGGAGCACAAAGUUGCCUGUUUUUCCCUGGAUGACGACUUUGCGUGCUGUUACUGCUACCUGGGUGUGGAUGUGUGGUACCUGAGGGGGAGUCACCAGGGCUCAGACACACGCAUGGGGGUUCACAGGACAAUACCCUUCUUAAACAUGAGUCAUCUAUUCGUCACGUUUGGUGAGAGUGGUUUGAAGGUCUGCUUCACAACGGAGGCCAAGCCAGGAGUGGUGGUGUUCUACCCCAUCCUGUCCUCAGAUGAACUGGAGGACUGGCGAUCAGGCAGCAGUGAGCCUGGUCCAGACACACAGACUCUCUCUACUACUGAGUUUGACCAUGGAGAAAACGUUAAGAUCACUGCUGCAGCCGUUAAUAGAAGAGGUGACACCCUGGGGACCAUGCAAGUCGCUCUCGACUCCUACAACAGCUCCAGAAAAACCAACAGCACUUUUGUUCUGACCAGCCCCGUUGUUGUCUUGUGGAAGGUGAGAUCUCAGGAGAUCUCCCAACGCAUUGAGCUUCCCAAUGGACUAACAGCACACCACAACAUCCUAUUCUCUGGGUCCAAGACUGUGAUCUACAUGUUGGAGAGAAGGCAGACCAAGAAAGCAUGCUCAACCCCUUCCAAGGAUGACAUGUUUGCAGUGAUACGAAUGCAGGGAAACCAGCCAUCUGAACUAGAGCUCCAAUACAGAGACACUGGGUACUACACAACCAUGCUGGAAGUCACGGACAUGACGGGAGUGUUGAAAGGCGGCCACCGGUUGGCGGGGUGGCAUCUUGCAGAGCUGGACAGUCACGGAGUGUUCCACAGUCUGGAACUCGGUGGGAACAAGAUGGCGUUCGCCAUGACGUCAACACACGUGACUUCGUUCGGCCUGUCAGGAGACAGGAAGGCAGCAGUGAUGGGUUGUGACAAUGGGCAGGUACACUUGUUAAGGAAACAGGUGUUCUGAGCAAGGACCUAUGCUCAAUCUUAAGCAGAAGUGAACAGUAUCUGCCUUCAAGGCUUAAUGUUUAUGUUUUGUUGCAAUAACUAAAGAUAAAUUAUUGGAGCUGCCUGGUUAUCAGUCCACUGUUAAUGUUAUGCAAUAACAUUAUUGUCUUCUCAUCAUAACCUAAAUAAUGUCUUCCAAUUACAGGCAAAUCACAAUAUUUUCGUUGGCACAAAAUAAGAGAUAUGACAGUGUCAAGACUUCUCAAUGGGAAAACUUCUCAAAUUCAUCUCAAGAUCUACAUCUUAAAAGCCACUUUCAAGACUUGGAUAUGAGAGACUAGCUUUUUAUAGUAUUCAGACAUCUAUAUUUCAAACCAUAGUCCUACAUUCUACUAACAUAGGACAAAACAUUCUGAAAUUAGUGAAUAUAACACUAACAGGGUAAAGUGGAUUAAGUCAUAUAUAUGAUCUUGUCUUUAAAGCUUCAAGAAGCUAGUUGAAGGAUUUGUGACAAAGUGGAAUUUAUGUACCGGUAUAUUGUACAUCAAAUAAAAACUAGAUUCAUAGAUUUAAUCAUUCUUUGUCAUUCCUCUAAAUUAUUAUGAAGUCAUGGAUCCAUGAAUGGAAAUAUAUUAAGGGGUUUCGUUAGAAGGAACAUUAAGGUACUGUGGGGGUUGAAAUCAUAACAGAUCAUGCUGCAACAUACAGGAUUUAUUUCAAUCAUAAAUGACACAGCAAUGUCCAGUGAUAACAAAUAAUCCCUCCAAUGGUCAGGUGGACAAACCAAAGGACAUUUGAGAGGAGGAGAGUCAACAUUGAGAAAAACAAAUA